CACCCAUCACUCUCUCACCACACGGAUCAGACACUCAUUUCACCACCAUCGAUAGUAAUUUAUUACAGUAGAACCACUCCAACCUUUACAUACACAGACAGGUGCACAUCUCCUCCCAACCCACAUCACAUCACUAACCACCAAACCACCACCAUGGCAAACAAACCACCCCUCUCCGUCCUCCACCUCCUCCUCCUCCUCUGCGGCGUCGCCUGCGCCCGUCUCAUCACCGACGGCGGCGGCCCCGCGGAUCUCCUCUCCGACGGCGUCUCGCCGCCGCUCCUCCUCCGCCUGAACCCCUUCAGCGCGACCGACUCCACGUGCGACCAGACGUACGGGUUCCUGCCCUGCACCACCACCGUGCUCGGCAACCUCUUCCUCAUCCUCGUCUACGGCUACCUCAUGUUCUUCGCCGCCACGAACCUGUCCAGUGGGAGCGAGCUCUUGUUGGAGAUUCUAGGGCCUGGACUUAUCGGCGGACUGCUUCUUCCCAUCCUCGGCGCUCUUCCUGAUGCUAUGCUCAUUCUCGUAUCUGGACUCUCUGGAACUACAGAAACUGCUCAAAGUCAGGUCUCUGUUGGAAUGGGCUUACUUGCUGGGUCUACGGUCAUGCUCCUUACAAUAAUAUGGGGUACGUGUGUUAUUGUUGGGAAGUGUGACAUCCAGGAUUCAAUUGCCGUAGAUGGAAAAGAUACAAAGGGAUUGAGCUUAACUGGCUCUGGGGUCAGCACUGAUAUCUGGACUUGCUAUGCUGCAAGAAUCAUGACUGUGUCUGUAAUCCCAUUUAUUGUUGUCCAAUUGCUACAAACUAUGAGUUCGACUUCAGGAAGGCGCUUAGCAGUCCUGAUCUCACUUAUUUUGUCACUCGCGAUGCUGCUUUCAUAUUGUCUUUAUCAGGUUUUUCAGCCCUGGAUACAAAUCAGACGAAUUGCUUUCGCGAAGCAUAAACAUGUUAUAUCAGGAAUUCUAAAACAUCUAAAGCAGCGUGCCCUAGGAAGGCUCCUCAGGGAUGACGGAACACCUAAUGCAGAUGUUAUAGCGAAGCUAUUUCAUGCAUUAGAUGUGGAUGGUGAUGACCAAAUUUCAUAUGCUGAAUUGAAAGCUAUGAUCAUCGGAAUCCAAUUUGAUGAGAUUAAUUUGGAUCAGGCUGAUGCCACGGACAAAGUGAUGAAAGACUUUGAUACGUCAUUGAAUACAAAAAUAGAAUUGCAGGAGUUCAUUGCUGGAAUCUCAAGAUGGCUUGAUGAAGCGAGGCACUCUGUGGCUUCUUCUAAUGGUGGUUCCAACACAGUGAAAUACCUGGAGGACUUCCACGAGCAAACAAAGAGAGAGCACUAUCUUUUGGGGGAUCAAAGCGAUGAAGUAGUUGAGAGUGUUGAAAACCCUAAGAAGAUAAUUAUUAAAGCAGUGUUGCUGCUGCUGCUUGGGGCUUUGAUUGCAGGUGCAUUUGCUGAUCCAUUGGUAGAUGCUGUUGAUAAUUUCUCGGAUGCCACAGGCAUUCCUACUUUCUUCAUCUCAUUCAUUGCGCUGCCCUUGGCUACCAACUCCAGCGAGGCUGUAUCAGCAAUCAUCUUUGCUAGCAGGAAAAAGCAGAGAUCUGCCUCGUUGACUUUCUCAGAGUUAUAUGGGGCGGUCACCAUGAACAAUGUCCUUUGCUUAUCCGUCUUCUUAGCGUUGGUUUACGUAAGGGAACUGACAUGGGACUUCUCGGCAGAGGUACUGGUUAUCGUUAUUGUUUCUGUCGUGAUGGGUGCGUUUGCCAGCUUCCGCACCACCUUCCCUCUCUGGACAACGUUUGUGGCCUUCCUUCUUUAUCCAUUUUCCCUGGUACUGGUUUACGUUCUUGACUAUGUUUUUGGCUGGUCAUAGACUCAUGGAGGUGGUACAUUCUGGUGACAACUAAUAAUCGAGACUGGAACCUUUAAAUUCCCGGAUGUCUUUUUGUUUUUUUGGGUUGGAGAGUGAACAUUUGAGUUAUGCACCCGGAUUAGUCACACUAGUGACUUCAGAUAGUCUGGAGCGAUGGUGUGGUAGAUGUUCUAGAUUAGAGAGAGCCAUCAUCAUCAAUUGGCAUUCUUGAGUGUCAUUAUCUUUGCAGGAGUUCAGUUUAUCUAGUGUUCCUUUGGAUAUUCAUAUUGUAGUAUUGUGACUUUUGUGAUGUUAUUCUAGAGUAUCCUCUGGAAUUUUGAAGCGGAAAUGUCAUCAUUCAGUAAAAAAUUAUGCAACA